ACUCUUCAAUGUCUUUUUGAUUAUCUGCAUCUUCGGAGAUAUUCCAAUGAUAUGGCAUGGAUAGGCUCAUUGGGAUUAGGGUGUGUGUGUUCACCUACAAGAACUAAAAAUGUAUUUCUGGUUGGAUUAUGUUCUUUUUUAACCCCAACGUCAAGGUUAUAAGAUUUUUGGCGAAAAAGCCUUUGCAAAUUUUGUAGAGAUAGAGUUGUCACUUUUUCUUACGGUUUUGAACCGGUAGAACCUAGUUUGAACCAGGGUCAGAAAUAAAAAAUAAUUUUUACUUGCUUCAUGCGAACAGUGUGGACGCUUUUAACAACUGUUCUUCUUUUUCGUGUGUUCGGUUGCGAAACGGCUCACUGUAAUAAGUAUGCCUGUACAGUAUAAACUUGCCUGUGGAAACACCAUUUAGAUCGUUUUACAUAGGAAAGUAUCGUUUUAUCUUAAAAUGUCUCUUCUUCUUCGUUCACGUUCCGCUCCGUGAAAAUGGGUUUUUUUUAUCGUUUUUGGACUUUUUUCAAGAAUUUAAUGAUAGUUUCGUGGUGAUAAGAACAAAUUGUAAACCUUUUGUCAACAAUAACAUUUGACCAAUAAAAUACCGUACAGUACUCAUCUUUAAACUACCCCAAAUUCCCGAUUUGGUUUUACUAGCUCGAAUAGGGACGAGCCAAAACCGAAGCUGUCGCGACAACCGGUGUUAAAUGCUUGGAAAACAAUAACUGUUACCGUUUGUAGAACGGUAACUGUGGUUUGAUCAUGGCUAGAAAACCUGAGACACAGCUCUUGAACGCUCCGACUGAUGUUAUCUCUGCGGUGAAGUUUUCACCAAAAACUAAUAAGUUCUUGCUGGUGUCAUCCUGGGACGCGAGCGUACGUCUGUACGAUAUAGUUAACAACACGGUACGGUUGCACUUUAAUAGCCAAUCGCCAGUUUUGGAUUGUGCCUUCCAGAACUCCACCAAGGCGGCCAGCGGCGGGCUCGACAAUCUGGUAAAGCUGUACGAUCUAAACACACACACCGAGAGCACACUUGGUAGUCAUAGUGCGGGUGUGAAGUGCGUGGAGUACACUGGCCUGCUGAACGGCAUCCUCACCGGCAGCUGGGACCGCACGGUGAAGCUGUGGGAUGCACGUGAGAAAGAGUGCGCCGGUACAUAUGAGCAGAGCAAUGGUAAAGUUUACUCGAUGAGCUGCGUCGAAGAGAAGCUGGUGGUGGCGACAUCCGAGCGCAAGGUGCUGAUCUGGGAUCUCCGCAACAUGAAGCACUACAUCGAGAGGCGCGAAUCGUCCCUGAAGUACCAGACAAGAGCCGUGCGCUGCUUCCCGAAUGCGGAGGGCUACGUCAUGAGCUCGAUCGAAGGGCGGGUCGCGGUGGAGUACUUCGAUUCUAGUCCGGAGGUGCAGAAGAAAAAGUUCGCCUUCAAGUGUCACCGGGCCAAGGGGAAUGACAUCGAGCUAAUUUAUCCGGUGAAUGCGAUUAGCUUCCACAGUGUGUACAACACAUUCGCAACGGGGGGCUCGGAUGGAUACGUGAACAUCUGGGAUGGGUUCAACAAGAAGCGCCUGUGCCAGUUCCAUCUGUACGACAGCUCUAUCUCGAGCCUCUGCUUCAGCGACGAUGGCAGCACUUUGGCGAUCGCUUGCUCGUACAUGGAUGAGGCGGAAAAACCACCGGAACCGUUCCCAGAGCCUACUCUUUACGUGCGUUACGUGAACGAACAGGAAACGCGGCCAAAAUAGUGGAGUUGAGAUCAAGCGCUCCCAGCACAUUUCCACGAAGCAAUGUACUAGUCGACGACCAAUUGGCCUUCCGAAUCCUUAAAUGGCUACAUAUAGUCUUCUACAUUCAUAUUACUUUAUAUACGCAUGUAUUUCAUUUUAAAUCUAAUUUAAAAUGGUUUGUAGGAACGGCGAACAAAGCAAGAAUAAUUUCGUACUUCGCGGUCGUAUAAUUGCCUUCGGUGAUAGGAAACGGAAUCAUUACCAGUCUAAGCAACAUCACUCGUCAUUAUUGGCCUAGAUUCUAGUCAUUCUUUCGAUUCUGAGCAUUCAAAUCAUUAGUUCUUGAAACGAGAAGAGGCAAAAGAAAAACGAGACAUCGAGUCAUUAACAUGAGUUAUCGCCUUUUUGUUCAAUAAUAUUUUUUGUUAUAAGACUGACCUAGAAUGAAAGCUUCUCAGUAGAGCUUUCAUUCUAGGUCAGCUUUUACUUUUUUUAUUUAUUAGUGGUAAUUGUAUCUAUAUUAAUAUGUAUAUACAUACAUUUUAUUUAUUUAUAAGAUUAGCAUUUAUUAGCCAUAACAGGUCCAAGGAGACAUACAACUUAGUUAUCGUGUAUCACUGGCUACGUCUAUAAAUGAUUCACAAAUACUCUC